CAGAUUCGGCCUUAGGGUACUCUCCACCAACGAUGAAGUCUAGUAAUGGCCGAUUUGGGCGGAAAUUAGGUCGAAUUAUUCCGGAGGGCGUUUUCGUAAUUAUUAGGCGAUUUUUUCGAAAGGCCAUUUUCCUUAGAUUUUGAAGGCUGCAGAUCACGGAUUCAGCCUGAGGCUAUUCCUUAGGGAUGAAUAAGUCUAUUAAACAUCGAUUCGUUCGGAAA